AUGUUCCGCAACCGAAACAACGCUCAGAAGCCUGAUGAUGACUUCAUCAGUCGCUUCCAGCAAACUUUCUCAGACGUCGUUCCUCGCCGAGACAGCGACGGCAGUCAAGAAGGCGAUCCCAUGAUGUCGGGAAGGUACAAGAAUAGCACUCCAGGCUUCUGGGGAUUCCAAACUGACACGCCCAAUCAUGGAAAUAGACCAAUGAGCAAUGAUCAGAAAAUGCAGGAGGAGGCCAGCGUCAAAUUCUCCAACCAACGGACACCGCGUAAUCUACAAGACCUCAACUUCUCGCCAUCGUGGAUAGAUCACAAUCCAAUGCAUAUGAUGUCUAUUGCCAAUCAGCCUACUGGAUUCUACACACCCAACUCCACCGGCCUUGGUACAAUCUUCCAUAACCAAGCAGGUGACCUGCAUACGCCAACGAUGGGAUUGAACAUGAUGACUCCACUCUCCCUCUCAAACACGAUACAAGGCCCUCAACAUCACGAAAUGGACCACCACUUCAAUCAUCAGUACCUUUCACAGCAGAUGCCCGAUAUGAAUUCUUAUAUCCAGCAACCAGCUUCAUUUGCGCCUAGUGCUUUCAUGCAUCGCGAUUCCUACGACCCUAUGGACGAAUCUGGAGAUGGUCUAUCAGUCGAUGGGAACGGGAUUCCAAUGGACCAAGUUUCAAAUGUAACAACUUCUGAUUACUCGAACCCGAGUACGGCUGUGACCUACUCUGUAGGUGAAAACUUCCGUUAUAAUGUUACCCUGCGUGCUCCAACCGCAAUGGUCAAAUCUAAAAAGGAGAUCCCAAUCUCAUAUCUUAACAAAGGCCAAGCAUAUAACUUGACGGUCUUGGACUCUACUCCCCCAAAUACUUCGGAACAGCUUCGAUACAGAACUUUUGUUCGUGUCUCAUUCGAAGACGAAGAACAGAGGUCGAGACCGGCUGCCUGUUGGCAGUUAUGGAAAGAAGGUCGUGGAACGAGCGAGGCGCACCAGCGUGGGGGAAAGCUUUUGGCUGUUGAAUACGUGGACCCAUUGCAAAGCAAUGGUGAUGACCAUAAAAAUCGUCAAAUCCAGAUUGAACAGAUGUCCUUCGACGGAUUCUGCAUCACAUGGACUGCCAGCCCAACUGGUGGAGUCUCUGAUUGCACCAUCCCCGUGCGAUUCAACUUCCUAUCUACCGAUUUUAGCCACUCAAAGGGCGUGAAGGGUAUUCCAGUCCGACUGUGCGCAAAGACCGAACUCUUGUCAUCGAUUGAUUCUGGCGCUUCGCGACAGCACGAAGUCUGCUAUUGCAAGGUCAAGCUGUUCCGAGACCAUGGCGCAGAACGGAAGCUGUCCAAUGACGUUGCACACGUGAAGAAGUCAAUCGAUAAGUUAAAGCAGCAAAUCGCACAGGCGGAGAUGGGCGGUGGUUUCGGCAAACGUAAGCGUGGUAACAAUGUUACCGGCGUGAAGUCGGAAAAGUCUAUAAAACACAAGCGCACUUGGUCUGUAAGCUCACAAGAGGCUCUCUCUGAUAAAAUGUCAGUAGAGGAUGAUCUUCAGGCGAAGCUAGUCAUGAUGCAGGAUAUGUUUUCGUCAACUCGCUCUAUGAGCUCCCUUGCUUUACGUGGUGAUCCUCAAGAUGACCCGGAUAUGUAUCCUAUUCAACUACCAACCGAGGGCGAAUUCGUCAAGGUUGAACCCCUCCGUCGUCAGAGUACGGGUCUCUCAUCUGCGUCUUUGAUUCCUUCUCCGACCAGCAGUCAUGUUUCUUUGAACAACUCACCGCAUAUGCACGCGGGUCAUUUUGGUAUGAGAGAAAAACAAUCCACGGUUAUACCGAGAGAAAACAUAUCAACGGGCUACAUUGAAGCUGUGGACAUCGACCCAACCUACCGUCCUCCUGCGGAGCGACCCCCCAAACCAAUCGCAUGCUUCUAUGUUCGAUUCUCCGGAAACGAACAACACCCACAAGAGUACUACCGGGCCAUCUACCUUACCGAACGAACUGUCCGGGAUCUGAUGACAAAAAUCUCCGAGAAGCACCAAAUUAACCCGGACCGCAUCGUCCGCAUUCUCCAUGUCAACCAAGCUGGCUUGCGAAUCAUGGUAGACGACGAUGUCGUUCGCGAACUUCCAGAGGGCCAAGACAUGAUUGUUGACAUUCAAGAAUCUCCUCUGAUGAGCAGCAGCAACGUACCUGGUUCUCCAGUCGAGAUCAAGUUGACAUACUGA